GUGAGAGAAGAUCAUGGAGGAGGAAAUUUCCGAGUCGUCUGACAUCUCACUGCGACCUCUACAACUCUCAGACUUAGACGAUUUCAUGGUGUGGGCAUCAGACGAUCGGGUGUCUCGCUUUUGCACUUGGAACACCUACACUUCUCGAGAAGCUGCGCUGAAUUACAUAAAAGAGACUGUUAUACCCCACCCUUGGUACAGAGCGAUUUGCUUGAAGAACAGAGUGGUUGGUGCGAUAUCAGUGAACAAACCCAGAUCCGGCGAUGAUGACUCUUGUAGGGGCGAGUUGGGUUAUGCGCUGGCCGCCAAGUACUGGGGCCGUGGGAUUGCCACUAGGGCAGUGAAGCUGGUGGUUUCAUCUAUAUUCAAGGACUGGCCUCAUCUGGUAAGACUUGAAGCCCUUGUGGAUGUUGAGAAUAUAGGGUCACAGAGGGUCUUAGAGAAGGUUGGGUUCCAAAAGGAAGGUGUCCUCAGGAAAUAUCUCAUUGUUAAAGGCCGCAUUUUGGAUUUGGUGAUUUAUAGUCUUCUCUCUACUGAUCUAAAGUUUGUGACUUAAA